AUGGCUUAUCAAAGGCCUUUGCUUAGCAUGAAAAAUACUUUCGUUUACAAUUUCUUUCCAUCAAAAGCUGAAGAAGAAACUUGCAAAGUUAACAACACUCCUGUCGUUACAACUCCACAUGUUGUGACUCGAGAACUAGUGGAAAUAAAGGACUUAUACCCUGCCCCAAAAAUCAUUUUGCAAAACCCAUGGCAGAUCAAGAAAAAGAUUACCCAUAAUGAGAUCGUUGUUGGAAUGCAGAUGAUUCCAUUUUUCAAGAUGUUUGAGUACAUCAUUCGAUACUGGAUUUUGGACAUGGCCAAAACUUUGGAGAACAGCUGUAGUGUGUGUGUUGACAUGUGGGAUGUAACUGAAGGGAAUGUCUCUAAGAAGUAUGAAGGUGGAAGUGUUUGGCUCAGGAAGGUGUACAGUGAUGAUUUUUCUCUUUGGUGCAUCAAAUUGUUCAAGGAUCGCGGAUUUAGCGAUGGUGACGAAAUUGGACUUUAUUGGGAUCCUAGAUUUUCCUGUUUAGUGUUCAAAUUGCUUUCUCAGGUUGGCUCUUAA